CCAAUACUGGAGUUUUUGCUCUUCCAGAUCACUUUCACUUUUUUAUACUUAUGAAACUUAGGAUGACUUCUGAUAUUUUCUUGUACUUAAUUUCAAAUCCUUUCCAACGUUGCGCAGCGCAGUCUCUCAGAAACGAUAGCCCCACGAUAGCAAGUACAUGUGAUUUACUUGACCAUAAUCAAAAGUUCGAAAGGAAGGCGUACGUUCACCUCAGCAAAAGGCACGUGACCAUCUGACCAUUUAUCGUCUGAAGAUGACGUCAUCAACCAACGGUGCCAUGGCGCCUACCGAGACCAGCAGGGUGCGUACACCCAAGCAGUCCUCGAACGGCGCUGGAAUACCACAGCCUCGUGCCCAACCACUACAGAUCGUCUGGAGGAAUGUGGUCUUCAUGACUCUUCUCCACAUCGGGGCGGUGUAUGGGCUGGUCCUCAUACCUCAUGCCCAUACAUACACAACCGUGUGGGCGAUCUUCCUUCACUACUUCAGCGGGGUGCUGGGCAUCACGGCCGGGGCACACCGACUGUGGACACACCGGAGCUACAAGGCCAGGCUCCCGCUCAGGGUGGUCAUGGCAGCGGCUAACUCUGUAGCAUUCCAGAAUCAUAUUCACGAGUGGUCACGUGACCACCGGUGUCAUCACAAGUACUCCGAGACAGAUGCCGACCCCCACAAUGCCUCGCGCGGCUUCUUCUUCUCGCACUGUGGUUGGCUCCUCCUCAGAAAGCACCCGGAUGUCAAGGCCAAGGGGAAACUGAUCGACAUGACCGACUUGGCGGCUGACCCUGUCGUCAGAUUUCAGAAAAGGUACUACCUGGCGUCUGUCCUGCUGCUGUGCUUCGCCCUCCCCACGGCCGUCCCGAUCCUGGCCUGGCAGGAGAGCCUGAGAAACGCCUUCUUCAUCGCCGUGGUGUCACGUUACGUCUUGACGCUGAACGUCACCUGGCUGGUGAACAGCGCAGCGCACCUGUGGGGAAACCGCCCGUACGACCGGUCCAUCCACCCGGCCGAGAAUGGCUUCGUGUCCGCUAUGGCUGGCGGUGAAGGCUGGCACAACUACCACCACACCUUCCCCUUCGACUACGCCACUGGUGAGCUGGGAUGGAGAAUCAACAUGACCACGGUGUUCAUAGACGCCAUGGCGUGGACGGGCCUGGCGUACGAUCUCAGGACCGCGUCACCGAACGUCGUCAGGGCACGGGCGUUACGGACAGGGGACGGGACCUGGAAGGGGGAGCAUGCGCACUGAGAUACAUAAGUUGUUUAGUACUUAUUGAUUAUGUGUCCGCUGUUCACUUUUGUUGUGAUAUCAUCUGUUAUGACGAUGUGUGUCUUAUAAGCCCACGUGGGCUGUGUUUUUAAAACGCAUGACACAAUCCAUCCAUCCAUCCAUCCAUCCAUCCGUCCGUCCGCCCGUCCGUCCGUCCGUCCGUGUUUAUCAACUUAAUGACAUAGAUUUGAAAAGUGUUAUCUUUAAGACAGAUUUGUAUUGCAUUCGCUGUAAACCGCCUCAUGGUGUAACACACCAGGUUUGUACCGAAGGGUAUAAGUUGCUUAUCCGGACUGAUUUAACUGAUACACUUACCGGGAAAGGCUCUACUCUUUUUGAUGUGUGUUGGGUUCUUUAAGGUGCUUAACGUGUGGCUCUCCUCAAACACGGAACAUACAUUUAUAUGUUUAUAUUUUAUAAAUAACUUUGAUGUUGUUUUAAGCAAUUAUAAGUCACCAGAUUCAGACGCCAGCUUACGGAGCGAUCUGAUGCCAUUCUAAUAUCAUAUCAGAUUGUUAGAUUACAUUGUAGCAUCCUAAAGGUACAUAUGUAUAGCAUAUAUAUCAUAUAUGAAUCUGUAUGACAUCAAACAAUAGGGCAGGUACUUGUGUGAGUAGUACCUGGGAAAGUUUAGCAGUUAUAACACUUUGUACAGCAACCGCUAGAAGCCGCUACUAUACAAUCCCUUUCCGUUGAACAUCAUUGAGCGAAACUUUCAACUAGCUUAAACACCUCCAUUCCCCUAGGGAGGCAACCUCGCUGCCAACGGAGAUCUGACAGAGCACUAAACGAAUUCGAUGGAUAAAAAAACGAAUAUUUUCA